GAUGUGGGCAGGAGGAGGAGCGCUCAGCUGAGGCACAAAGAUGCUUUGGCAGCAGAUCAGCCCUGACGUCACCCAGCACUUUCGGUUUCUUGGGAAGUGACGAAGCCAGAGCCUCGGAUCUUCUGGCAUGGCUGAAAGAGAGACCAUGGCGGAGCAGCAGCCUGCGGCCGACAGCCCCGACAAAUUCUCCAUCUUCAUUAAGACUUGGUCGGGCAAAACGUUUGCAGUGCCAGUGUCUCUGGAUGACAGUGUGGGGGAGGUUAAGGCCAAGCUGAGCGCACAGGACUCCUCCCUGACCCGCGAAAGCGGAACGCUGGUCUACCACAGCAGACAGAUGGAGGACAACCUGACCCUGCGACACUAUGAAAUCACACCCAUGUCCUUAUUGUACUAUAGACCAAUACUGCGAGCUGGUGGUGAACCUGUCAAACACCAAUCUUUAGUCACAGACUUAGCCCUAAGGAAGCUGGUGGCAGACCCUCACAAAUCUCUGACAGACGAGGCCUCAGGGAGCGGAGAGGAGAGCUAUCACCAGCUGGACCUGGACCCACCACCGCAGGGAAAAUGCUGGCGCUGCGUGGGGGAGGUUCUUCCAGAAGUGACGCCGGAGAUAACCCAAGACUCUAAGUGCCGCACCGUGUACCGAGCUCACCUCCCUGGUGCAGGCAUCUUCCAGUGCUCCAUCACAGGCCUCAGCUUCGAGGUGAAGUCGGCAGUGACCAUCACCUACAGAUACGCUACCUGGACCAGGCACCUGAGCGAGGCUGACCAGGAAACGUGGUCGCCCGCUGGACCCCUCUUCCACAUCGAGGUGCAGCCCGGGGUCGUGCGGUCGGUGCGUCUCCCCCACUUCAUCUGCCUGGCAGUUCUUCACGAACUGCUCCAGCGUGGGUCCUUUCCACGAGGUGCAGUUCUUCAGGGACCGGCUGCUCCAGUGCGGGCUUUCCAAUGGAGUGACAGCCAUGUUUGGGGGUAUCCACCUGGUCUGGCGUGGGCUUUCCCAUGGAGCCGCAGCUAUCUUCACAGGCAUCAGACUGCUCCAGCGUGGGUUCCUCCCUGGGCUGCAGAAGAUGUAAAUACCAGACUGUUCUCCAUCGCCCAUUUUAAAUCUGGGACGAUGAUCCUGGAGAGACCGACCAGACUGAUCGCUUUCUCUGCUGUCCUGGAGAAUCCCAGCUUCUCACUGCUUGGGGUGCUUUGGAGGAAGUUACGUUCAACCUUAAAUUCAUUCCCUAUGCACUCCUCGGUGCUGAUCUUCCAGCAGCUCAGUGCUGCAAAUACGACUCUUCACCUCUACCUGAUCCCAGAUGACAAGUCUGUGAAGCAGGCCGUUGAAAAACAAGAAAUGAAUUGGAAUUCAAAGCUUAUUCCCAAGCCUUCUCCGUUCAGCCCUCUGUUCUUUGGCUGCAUUUACCAGGUGACCAGUACAAAUGCCGUGGUGAUAAUGCCUGAAGCAUGCUUGCCGUUUUGCUACAAGAGUCCAAGGGAAGAGCAGCUCUUUGUCGAGAUCUACAUCAGGAAGAUGGCAGAGGAAAUUAGGUUCUCUAUGAUAGAUACACGCAAUGACACCGUGGUCUGGAGGGCAUCACUGAGAUCAGGUGAUAUUAAUUUUCCUGCCUGUGUCUCCAAGACCUUGUCAGGCGCAGCCUUCCUGAAGAAGCACAAGACCACGCUUUGCGUCAGGAUGAGGCAGCUCCCAAGCAUUCUGCUACACUUACGGGAUGCAAACGUCAUCAACAGCGAUGAAGAAGAAGAGGUGCAAAGUCAAGUUACGAGUCAAAGGAGGAACAAAAUUUUGCUGGAGCUAGCUGAGAAGAAAGGGCUGGAGGCCCAGGAACAGCUCUACCAGAUCCUCAAGAUGAAAGACCCAUACCUCAUCGCAGACCUGGACAAGUCCAGCUAGACUGCUUUUGCUCCCAUUGCUUAGCUUACAGGAGCAACAGAAAGGCAGUCGGGUUUACCAGCACCUGAAUCCCAACCUUUCAAUGCAAAAUCCAUGGUGCAAAGCAGCAAUAAGCCUUCUGAACCACCCAGUCUCAGGCCUGCCUCACUUGGCUGACUCGGUUGGCAGCAGCGGACGACCAGUGUCAUGUCGGCCACUGGUGAGAAGCUGAUGGAAUGAGACGUUGGCUCCCAAUCCAGUGCCAAUACCUUGGACCUGUCUGCCUCCCUGAGACGGGGCCUCUGCAGCUGCUGGCAGAGGAGCUCCCAUCACAAGAGGUACCUCCAGCUCAGCCUCCUCAUCCUCAGUGUCCAUGGGCACCUCUUGCAGCUGGAAGAGGGGAGCUGCUUUACCAUGCAGAGCUGUCUGCAAAGGCUUGUUCUCAUGCACAAGCCGCAGCAAACUAUAGAUGUUGAUGUGAACCCAUAUCAACAUCAAACCUUCCCUCGUUUCCCUCCAGCCUAGUUUACCCAAAUGACCAAAAUUCACUGAAGGAGCAAAUGACCAUCCUGACCCCAGCAGCAGCUGGGUGAAGGAGCCCCUCUGAAAGAAGCCACAAAAAAUAGCAAAGAUAAGAGAUACAGGUUCAUGCACCUUCAAGGAAAGUCUGACUGAAUAGCAGCCGCUUUAUGUUCAAAAGAAAGCUGGCAGAUUAUUUUAAAAUUACAUUCUUUGCAUCCAUAAAGUCCGUUCCUUUCUGGAUCAUGUGGUUGCCUUCACUGAUGGCAUCCUCCUGCUGUUGAACACACCAGUCAGGGCAGGAGCAUUCUGCUCGGGUGUCCAGAAGAGAUUUUUUGGGUCCAGCUCAGGUGAAAUUCAGACUUGCCUAGGUGGAGACAGCAACUUCUCCAUGGCUUUGUGGGGUGGAAAUGAGACUGCUGCCUUAAGUAUUGUUUUAUAUUUAUUCCUUCUCUUGAACACCUGGAGAGCACAUCACUGCUGAAACCUGCUGUAAGAGUGUGUCUCUGCUCCGUUAAGGGUCGAGGACCUUCAAGGCGACCAGGGAUAAUACAAAAAGGAGGAAGCUGGGAACAAGACCAUUCAGGGACACAGACCUGACUGCCAGAUGACAAGGGAGGCAGCAAAGGGGACCAGUGAUCACCACUCACACUAAGUCUUGGGCUAUCCAGAAACCACACUGGGGCUGGUCCUUCCAGGAGGAUCAGCCUGGGCUUUGCAAGUGCUGAGUGUGCAAAGGAGGGGGACCCCAACACGGGCUGCGGGUGGGGGGGAAUGGACCUGUGGGGAUGGGAAGGGGAACCAGGAGGAACAAAGUGAGGGGAGGCAGAAAGGCGUAUAAAAGGGGCCACUGAGGUACAAACUGGGGCUGGUUUGGCUGCGCCCUCUGCCUGGUCACCAGUUUGUCCUAUCUUUUUUUUUUUUCUUAUUAAAUGUUUUCUUAACUA